UCGUUCUUUCUCUCUUUAGUGGAUAAUCGCGCUUGCUUGUUAAUUUUUUAAUUAUUUUGAGAGCGAAACAAGUUAUCAAUUUUGAUAAUUUAAAACUUGCCACUGUGAUUAUACUAAAUUAAAACUGUAACAAAGUGAGUGCUUUGUCUCGAUGCCAAUAAUGAAGUGUGAACCUACCGUUAUUCGAUUACCCAGUGCGAAAAUCAUAGCGACUAUGUUUCGACGACGAUGGUGACCAUAAGCGACUGCAAUCAUGAUCGCCAACUUGCCGCUGCUUUUUACGAACGGUAACCCAACAGAUCUCUCUAAAAUCACAUCUGCUGAUUUAGAGAAGUUCAUAACAUUUAUGGUAACAUGUUCUUGGGGUCAUGAUACUGCGAAAGAUAUCCGGCAGCCGCCUUGGUGGCCAAGAAACGUUCCUUUCUCGCACCCCUUCUUGAAACCUUGGAAAGUGCCGCAAGACUGGCUGUCGCGAUUAAAAAAUUUAGUGAAAAGAUGUUAUGAGUAUCACAACAGUUCGUUUUUGUUAGGGUUUUCUGCUCAUUUGGCACGAUAUCCUCGAAACAUUCUCACUUACGUCGACAACAACGAUCAUACGACAUCGCUUUACCACGCACCUUCUGGCCGUCUACUGGUGACAUUUCGCAAUGAGAAUGUAUUGUAUGAUAAACCAGCUGAUAUUUAUUUGUGUGACACUUGUGAUAGUCACUUUGACAAUGUAGAGGUUCUGAAAGCCCAUGAGAGACUUUGUAACAACAAGAACUUCAAGUCGGGUUCUUGUACAGGGACUUUAGAAGAGUUUCUCUCAGCAUUAAAACUUAAGCCUGCACAAGAAGACACUCAAAAUAAUGAUAAAACCCCUGAAAACUGUUUGGUUGGUGCUAAGCCAAGACACUCCCGCAGUACUGCAAAUGUGGAGAGGGGUCAUCCAUAUCCUUUUUCGUCAUUAGCAUAUACUAAGAAUGCUAAAAUUAAUGUAAAUAGGGAUACCAGUUAUUCUCGAGAAAGAACAGAAAGGUAUUGCUGUACAUCAACAAUUAGUAAAAAUGUAGCUAGUAAAGGAAGAAAUCAAACAUUUCCAGUUAGAUACAAAAGACCAAUAGAUUAUUGGCAUCGAAAACAUGUGUUCCCAAAUCAGCGGUAUAAGAAAAUACUUGAUUUAAAAGGGCAGUUGCUGGUUUUUAACUGUAGACCCAUUACUGUAAAUAUAGAAAGAAUGGGUCUGGAAAAGAUUCAGGAGUACAUAGAUAAUCUCAAAAAAGAAGCACUGAACAGGCAGUGUGAAGACAAAGAUGUUGUGUUCGUAGAGCCUGUAGUUGAACCUAUGCAUGUGGAUGUUAAAGGUACUGAUCCUUUAAAUAAAGCAGGCAAUGAGUGUGAAGUUAUUGAUCUAUGUUCAGACGAUGAAGAAUCUAGUGUAAAUGAGAACUGUGACCCCCGUGCGGGAACCACUUGUGUUAUUCGAGGAGGGGCUGUCCUGAGGCGCACAGCUGCUACACCCAAUGCUAUUCCUGCUGAGCCCUGUGGUGCUCGGGAGAAACCUAUAUCCUCUCUCAUUUUACAACCCCACCCCGUCAUUCUUAUUACACAUUCUUUGAACAAUUUACACACAAUAUCUAUAGAUUGAAUACAUUUUUAAUUUAGUUAUGCUGAUCUAAUAUUUAUUGUAAAUUAUUAACGAAAUAGUUCAUGUUCUCGCAUGUUUUGUUUCUGAAAUGCUAUUUUUAUUAUGGCAACAUCAUAAUAGCUGGCAACAUUUCUGUCAGUUCAAAAUGGCGGUCGCUUUGUUGCACGAAAUGGCCAUUGAUCAUAGUUUUAAAUAUAUUUUUAUUUUACAAAUACAAAGUAAAAAGUGCAUCUUACUUUUAAACUCAUACUUAGUUGAAAUAUAUCUAUACAUGACAUUCAAUGAUUUACUCAACAAUUUAAUUUACUGUUUUUAUUUUAAUGCUGUUUUCGUUGUUAAGUGUAGGUAGUCAAUAUUCUCAGGGUAAGAUUCAGAUGAAUUUUUGUGUUUCAUAACGCUAAGUCUCACUCCCGGACGUCAAAAAUGUAUCGGACUUUAAUAUGCGGGAGUUAGUCACGUUACUGAAUCCUACCCUUAAUGCAUAAUUAUGCAAUUCAAUUGAACAUGCCGGCAAAUAAACCUGUAAUUUUCAAGCAUUUUUCGUUAUUUUGUGUGGUUAACAGUUGGUGAUUUUUUGAUAAACAACAAAUUUUAAGUAUAAGAUUCCCAUUGUGUUAUUACGAAAGUAACGCAAAUAUAAGUUCAGUAUUCAUAGAGAUAAGAUCAUUUUUGUACGAAAAGCCUAUAUUUAAUCCGAAUUAAGAAUUAAGAUGAAUGAAGAUGCCGAUGUAGCAAACAUGCCGACCUCUGUGUUAUCAUUUUUAUAUUGUGAUAUUUAGCUAUAAUUUAACUCCAUCAAUAAGUUCCUUAAAGCAUUUCUUUCGAUCUUUCAAAAUGUUGACUCAAUGCUAUCAAUAAAAUGUGUAUUUAAUUGAUCAAAUUUCAUUUUUUUGUCGAGUAAUAAAAAUCCAUAUGUAAUUUGGAAAUGUCAUUGUGCACAAUGAUGCUGUGAAAAACAAUAUGGGCGUUUCGUUUCGAUUGGAUUUUUUAUUUCAAAAAUGUUUGGAAUUUCUAUCACAACUUACGCCGCGGGCAAACUUAAUUAGAAUUCAUAUUUUACGAAAAAUAUUUUAAAGAUCCUACGAUUAUUGUAGCCUAAAUGUUUGUAUAGCUCCUACACGGUACACGAUUGGUAAAUCGUACCAAACACAACAAAAAGUGUUAAGAAAAAUGUCUUCCAAACAAUACAGUUCAGUUUGCAAGAUUAUCACUAACUGUGAGAUCUACAGACUAAUGACAAACUAUAACUUCUGUAUGGAGUUUCAAGUCUUUUAUGACCCUGCUAUACCUUUAAUUUAUUGUUAAUUAUGUGCAAUUUUUGUUUAUGAAGUGUGCUUUCUAUAUAACUAAGCUCAGUCUUCCAUCACUAUAAUUGACUGGAAGUACGUUCUGUCAGUACUAAGAGGAAUUACGCCUUACGCGAAUUUCUAUAUUUUCAGACAAAACUUUUAUUUGAAUUAUAUUAAGCUAAAGAUUUUAUCCAGCCGUGGAUUGUUGAUAGGCAUUAAAUUUUUCAAUUUCAUAUGACUUGUUAUGCGGUACGGUUGAAUACGGGAAUUCAAUUCGAAACCGUUCCGAGAUUCCAACAAACUCUUUAAUACAAGAUCAGUAUAGAUUUUACAUUUAAAAUUGUAGUAAUAGAAAAAGUAAACUUCAAGUUUUAAUUUGGUUAAAGGAUGAAAAGGUAAAGCAAUAUAACUAAUAAUAAUAAUCUGUGGAGUUAUUAAAAAGUCAUAAAUGUCAUAACAACGAAUUAAACCUUUCAAAAUUGGAACGUGAAAGAAACAACAAAUUUGUUCUAAAUGGUCUAUAAUAUAACAAGAGGAAGAAAAAAACAGUUGAGGAUCAAAAUAUAUCGCAUCAUAUUAUGUUAUCUGUAUUUGCUCUGGAAUGUGAGUUGAGAGGUCGGCGGCUUUCCUCGUCUGAGCCAUAGAUGACGUCUUCAUCCGAGUCAUUGAUCAUAGAAAAAGCUGGAUUGUCUUUGGUUAUCGCUGUUUCUGUAAAUAACCAAUUUAUUAUAUAAAAAUAAAUAAUUUUGACUGACAGAAAUUUGUUGGUAAAUGUUUUAUUUUAAAAGCUGUACAGUUGUAUAUUAAUCUGAUAUUAAAUCGAUAAGUUGUGAA